GUAAAUCGCUUUCAGUUUCCUCAUGCAUCCAUUCACAAAUCGGUGUUCUUGAGCAGGAGGGAAAGUCGGAUUGCACGUUUCACCCCCGCGUCGGAUUAAUCAGCUCGUCUGUCACUUUGGAACAACUUGUUGCGCAGCUGCUAUUUCCAGCCUCCUCUGUGGUCCAGGGCUGCACACAGACGAGGGGAUACUUCCAUUCUGCAGCAAAUAUACACCCUGUUGUGUGUUCCUGCUCUGAUCUGGACACUAUAGUGGACUCCUGUGGGAGCUGAGGCAUGGAUAAACUGGUGCUUCUGGUGUCCAGGUCACAUACGUCGUUUUAACGCGCAGGCCAAACCUCUGAGCGUGGAUUUGGUGUUGAAAUAAAAAUGAGUUUCAGUUGAAGUCCUGUAGUCCGCAGUGAAGUUUGGAGUUUUGUUCUAAUAUGAUCGCAGUGAAGGGGGAUGCGAGUCAUGAGCUGGACGCGUCCUUUCCACGGACUGGACUGGAGCCACAGCCUCUUCUACCUGACUUUACUUCUGUGGACCAGACGCAUGAGUGGACUGGCUGACUUCUCAAAUUACCUCUCCAGAAUCAUCACCAGUCACUCUGCUCACGCGUGUGACGGACAGCCUUUACGCCUUCACUGUCCACGUCACUCCACCAUCUCCAUCCAGUCCGCUUUCUAUGGCAGCGGUGAGGCCAGGCUGUGCAGAGCAGACCCGGACCCUCCACUGAGAGACCACAACCACAGCUGUUCAGCUUUUACUGCUCUACAGAAGCUGCUGUCAGAGUGUCAGAGCCAUAGAGACUGCCAACUGCCUGUCACCCACCUGCUGUUUGGGCGAGACCCUUGCCCUGGCACCACCAAAUACCUCCAUGUGGACUACAAGUGUAAACCCACUGAACACAAAAGACAAGUGGCAUGUGACGGAGAAACCAUGGUCCUGCGCUGUAAGCCCCCCAGGGUGCUGAACAUCUACGCAGCUGUCUAUGGCAGAGGCCUGGGCCAAACUGACACCUGCCCCUCACAACUGACAAGACCACCCCCAUUUGAGUGUCUGAACCAUGAAGCCUUGCAUUUAGUGUCUAAGUCCUGCUACAGCAAACAGAAAUGUGCCGUUGCCGUCAGCAACCAAACUUUUAGGGACCCCUGCUUUCCAGGAACCAGGAAGUACCUCAGUGUCAUCUAUUCAUGUGUACCGCAGAAUUUACUAAGGGAAGCAGACCCGAGCAUAUUCAGCUCCACGUCUUCGCCUUCUGUGGAAACUGAAAAAGGUGACGUCAUUAUGCAAUUUGCUGUAGUUUCAGGUUUUCCUGUGGCAUUUUUUCUUAGAUUUUCUCCUCCUGCAGAUCUGAAGGAACCUUCUCCCAAAGGUUCACCAAAGCCAGACACCUCAGGAGCUAUGAUGAGCAACUCUCUCCUAACUUAUGCUUUCAUCAAAGAGCAUCCAGAGAUGGCAGCGUUAUUGUUCACGUCCAGCGUGUGUGUUGGUCUUCUGCUCACACUGUUGGCUCUGUCGGUCCGAGUUACCUGCCAGUGGCGCUCACCCCGAGACCACAGACUCACAUCCAGAUCUCACAGGCAGACCACCGGCUCCCAAGAGGAUGAUGAUGAUGAGGAUGAUGAUGAGGAUGAAGAAGAGGAAAGAGAAGAUGAUGAAGAGGGAACAGAGAGCUCUUUAAUCUCUGCCAUAGAGAGGAAGGCGAUCCAAGGUUGGGAGGAGGUGACUUAUGUGUGCGAGGCGGCGGAGCGGGCUGAGAGGAUCGAGCGCAGAGAAAUGAUCAUACAGGAGAUUUGGAUGAACGCUUAUCUCAACGGCAGCUAAACUGUGACCCUACGUAGGCUGCUCAGCAAAUUCAGGAUGUUUUUCAGACUUUCUACAACAUUUCCAGCCUCUGACACUGAAGAAAGUUUUGGGUUUAUUUUCAUUGUUGUGCAUUUUGAAGUUGCAGUCAUGAAGUACUAGCCAUUUUUAAAGGAUUAACACCUUUAUGUUUGAUUUGACUAGUUUAGCUAAAUGAAUACAUUCUGUGGUUAAGAGUUUUGUUUAAUCACAUUCACCACCAAAUUAAGCUACAUUUUCAGGUUGACACAUUGUUUACUGCUGCAGAAAGGGGUGUAUUCAUUGGGAACAACAGAGGUCAUGAAGCUACUUUGUGUUAUAUUAGAAAUAAGAAAAAGUUCCACGAGCAACAGUGUCAGUGAAAAUGAUAAAUGACUACUUUACCAAAGAGCAUGUCAUGUGACCUGAAUGUGAUGUGUCAUGUGACCUCAAUGGGAACGUGACCUGCCAUAAAACCUACAAAGGGACUAUGAAAUGUUUCGUAUAUAUAUCUCUAUCAUCUCUUAAUCUGACCAAUCUGGGCUUUUACGCCAAGACUAGUUUUAAUUUUAGCAACAUGAAACUUUUCUAAGAAUGUUACAAAUGUUUCGGUUUCCUUUUACAAGUAUUUAGCCACAGGCACUGUCUUGGAGUAUGUGCAGGCUGGUCCAGAGUCAGUUCAUCAGUUUCCUUCAUUACAAAUUUCACACAAUUCACCGUUUCAGUUGAAACACUUGCCAUGAACUUUACAGCUUCCCCAUCACUACUGAGACAAAAGCUGGAACAACGAUCUAGUAUGUGUCAGCUUCCUGCCUCCGAGCAGUAGCGUCUUUUAGAGGUGCGUGUGUGUGUGUGUCAGUGACACAAGACAAAGAAAGGAAAGGUGUUGCAUCCUUAUCCCUGCACUCCAGGGGAUGUUAAAAUAAGCUGAACUUUGAUUCUAAGACUGUAUUAAAAGUUGCCCCAUCCUUAUAAAAACUGUGUUAAAUAUAUGUUUUGUAUAAUCAUGGCUCACUGGAAACUUUUAAUAGUUUUUUUUA